UUACAUUCUUUGUUUAUCUGAAAUCUUCCAAAUCCAGUGUGUGUUUUACAUAUCACAUCUCAGCAGGGACUGGCCACAUUUCAAGUGCUCUGCAGCCACACGAAGCUUGUGGUCACCUCCUUUUAGACAUCCCCUACCAAGUGCCUAAAGUGGCCAGCAAUUCACCUCCUACCACCUUAUCUAUUUUAUCUUCUUUGCAGCCCCUACUACUACUCGCAAAACUCUGGUUUGCCAGUCUCUUUUGUGACAAGGACUCACCUGGAACGGUGCCUGGACAGAGCAGACGCUCAAUAAAUGCCACCCCUGCCUGAAUCCCUGCCCAGUGGGCACGCAGGCCCCGGCCUCCUUUCACCGCCCACCGCGGGCUGCCCUCGCCCUUCCUCCCCCAGGCGGGACCCUGGAAUGUUGCUGGAAAUCGUGGACGUGACUGGGAGGAGUCUGGCCGCCUCGGGUUUCGCGGGGCGCACAGGGACGCGGCCGCCGGCCAUGGCGGACCUCACGGUGUGCUCCUUCCUCACCAAGGUGCUGUGCGCCAACGGCGGCCGCAUGUUCCUGCAGGACCUGCGCGGCCACGUGGAGUUGUCGGAGGCGAAGCUCCGGGACGUGCUGCAGCGGGCCGGGCCCGAGCGCUUCCUGCUGCAGGAGGUGGAGAUGAAGGAGGGCCUCUGGGACGCAGAGGCCGAGGCGGCGGCGGGCGCGGGCGGCGCGGGCGGCGGCGGCGGCGGCGGCGGCGCCUGGGCCUGGAGGGUGGUGGCCGUGUCCUCCGCGCGCCUCUGCGCUCGCUACCAGCGCGGGGAGUGCCAGGCCUGCGACCAGCUGCACUUCUGUCGACGGCACAUGCUGGGCAAGUGCCCCCACCGCGACUGCUGGUCUACCUGUACCCUUUCCCAUGAUAUCCACACACCUGUCAACAUCCAAGUCCUGAAAAAUCAUGGGAUUUUUGGCCUCAAUGAAGCCCAGCUUCGGAUCCUGCUUUUGCAGAAUGACCCUUGCCUUUUGCCAGAGGUCUGUUUGCUGUAUAACAAAGGUGGGGAUCCCUUCUAUGGUUACUGCAACCUCAAAGACAAAUGCACCAAGUUUCACGUGUGCAAAGCCUUUGUCAGGGGAGAGUGCAAGCUUCAGACCUGCAAACGGUCCCAUCAGCUCAUUCACGCUACCACGCUGAAGUUGCUACAGGAGCAAGGAUUGAGUAUUCCAAGUGUCGUUAAUUUUCAGAUCAUCGCUGCCUACAAGCAUAUGAAGCUGCACAAGAUGCUUGAAAAUAAAGAUAACUCAGCUACUUCUCCAGAGGGUUCACGGGGCCUUGAAAAACAGGGAACACAGGAGGCCAGGGCUGCAGAAAACAGGCCUCUGGUCCCUGUCCCUGCUCAGUCGGCCAGGAAGCCCUGCCCAGAUAUAUGUGUGUGAACGGUAUUCUCCGUAACUGCCUUCUGCAGGCUCUAUUUUGUGUAUUGCUUACGUGGCCUUUUAUUGCUGGGGCCUCUGUGCUGAUGUGGGACUCCACGAUUUUCAUAAAAGGAUGUCAUCCAUACAGUGCUCAUGAUGUACAAGCUUUGUGGGUUCAACCUUGGCCCGCACCUCAGAGAAGGUAACCUUUGGGUUCCUGUCAAAGAUUUCUACCUCAGCCUAUUUUUAUCUUUUAUUGAGCUUUUACUAAGCCCAGCUGCUAUAGUUUUAAGGAGGGGCAGUUCAUCCCUUACUCUUAUAACUCUUCUUUCUGUGGAUGCAGAUGGACCACCGGAAAUCUGUUUGCUUUACCCAUUGCAUGUUGACUUCCCCUUCCUCCCUCUUUCCUCUGCUCUUUGCUUCCAUACACCCUGCUGUCUUUCUCAAGUUACAUGUAGCUGUUACAUCCUUUGUUUUUAUCAAGGGGUACCACCAAGAGGCAGCUCUGUGAAACCCUUUGCUGUGUGUAAUGUAGUGACAUUUCCAAAUAUCAUUGUGUAAAGUGCUUUCUUAAAAAAAUUUUUUUUUGUUGUAAUGCAGUGUGAAAAAAAGGGACAAUAUAGUAUGUUUUCAUAAAACCAAAUUAUUUAAUUUUGAGAAAACUUCUGUUUUAAUUUUCAGAAACCUGAAAUGCUCUUCUAUUGAGAGAGGGAAAUACAAAGUGUUUUCAAGUGAGAAAUUUCUGUUUUCUCUUACAUGGACAAUAUGAUUCAUACAACUUAAGAUAAUCUUUUUACUGUGGUUGCCAACAACAGUAUUUCUGAAAAUUCUUAUGUUCUGCAAAUUUUAGGUAUUUUUUCUUUCUUUCUUUCUUUUUUUUCCCACUAGUUCUGAUUUUUUCUGGUGCUAUUGUUUUCCCAUGGUGGUGCUGGGAAUCCAGCCCAGGGCCUUGUGCAUGCUAGGCAAGUACUCUACCACUGAGCUUCAUACUCCCACAGCCCUGGGGAGUAAAUAAUUACAUUUAAUUAUUAUUACUAUUUCUAUUUUAUCAUUUUACAAUGUAUACUUUUGUUUAGGCCAUAUACACCUUUAAUGGAAAUAGUGAGGGUCUAAACGUGUGUCCUUUAUACUGAGAGACUUGGUAGAUUUUCACAUCAUUGUGUUCCUUUUAUAUAUCUUACAGUUGUGAUCUUACAUGUGAAGUAGGUAGAGGAGAGGCCCUUUGUCAUCUUUGUUGGAAUGUUUUAUUCAGUUCUGUCAUCUUUCAUUUUAAUUUUAGUUCUUCUGAUAAUCAUUCUAUAAAAUUACCUUAUAUAAUUACUGGAUCAAGUCUGACUGCUCACCCCACUACAUACUAGUUAAGUCAAGAGACAAGGUGUUCAGGCAAAGAAGCUGACUAUUCAAAAAGCCAGCUAGGUGAGAAGAUAGGGCACUCCAUCCAGCCCAUCUUGCUGGGAAGCUGAUUUCGAUGUGGCUUGUGUAGAUGGGAGAUGGGUGUUCCCCAGUUGGUGGGUCCUGUCUCAUAGUGGGUGGGCCAGAUGAUACACAUCUGAUCCUUAUUGUCUGGUCAUGAGAUGUUUUUCAGUUCUGCAGAUUUCAGAAGCACAGGUCAUUAUUUCCUCAGGCUAUUCUUGUCACUGAUGAGUUACAUAUUACACAAAGGACAGGCUCAAACUGGGUAGCUGCCACUAGUCUCUCUUGGUAAUUGCCAAACUCCUGGUGAAAACAGGCUUCCAUUAGUUACUUAUUACAAACCUCUGAUAAUGAAAGAAAGCAUCUUUAAACUGAGUUGCAUAAUCACACUUCUUUAUCCGUCUCUCUUUCCAUCUGACGAUCCAGCUGUUAGAUUUACCAUGUUAGAGCUGGAGAUGCGUUUUCUUUGGUAAUUUAUUGGGGGUCACAAGGUGAAGCCUCACGUCUCUGGGCUCCACAUUGUCGACGUAUACUAACUUGAAUUAAUUCAUUUUUCUCCAGGGUUGUUUCUCCUUUUGUUUCCUUACCGCCAUCCAGUCAUUUGACUUAAGCCAAAAAGCUGCAAAUUUUCCUAUACUCUUCUUUUUCUUUAUUUCCUGUGCCAAGUUGGUUACCCAGUGCUGGAGACAUUUUACUCCCAAGGAACCUCCUAAGGCUUACCCUUCCCUCCACAGUUCCUUGGUUCACACCUCCAUCACCCAUUGCGUGUAUUCCACAGUUAAAUGUGUUAGGCGUUUUUAAUAGGAGGGCCUAGGUGGGCUCCUUGCUCCCACUUCAACGAUGGUAGCUUCAUUUUAAUGUUUCUUAUAUUAGACCUUUGUGGAUUUCAUUGCUCUCCUUACUGUCCUCCACCUAGCUGUCUGGUUGAUCCUUGAAAAGCAAAUCUAAUCAUAUUGCUUUAUUUUCACAUAAGGCAAGUCAUAAACUCCUGGAGUGGACUGUCGCGACUGUCUGCGAGAGAAAUGGGUCUCUGAGGAAGGGCCGUGAAAAUUGCCCCAUCUAAAAUGGGCGCCGCGCUGAUUUCCUUCUGGGAAUGUGGACCCAGUUUGUCAUAUUGUCCAGUAUUUCUGAAGAAGCCAGAAAUCCAUAUUUUGUGAGAAAUAUUCCGAUUUUUAAGUAUUGGUUUUUAAUCAAGUUUUAGAAAUUAAGACUCUUUCUGCUGACCCACUUGGAAUAUUUGAAAUGUGCUCUCUGGAAGAUGUUCCCUCUUUUACAAGUCCCAGAUCUCACUUCUCUCUGCCUGCCUAAGAACCUGGCAGUUACAGUCUUCAAAUGACCCCUAGGGAGGCAGCUCUUAUAUAUUUGUGGUUUUUUUUUUGCAGUACUGGGGAUUGAAAAGGGGUC